AUGUGUGCAGGACACGGCAUCUACGCUUUAUCUAAAGCGCUGACAGAAACGUUCCACAGCCCAGGGCCAAGCUCGGAAUGGCAAGUUAUUACUUUAUCGGAUGUUUCACUUAGACCUCAGCAAACAGAUCUAGAGCUGACCAGCGCUCUAGACGAAGCCCUGCUGGCUUCCCAGCCGUUCCUGAAGGGCUGUGCGGUUGGGAAGCCUCCCCCAGAGGUGACAGUCUCCAGGUUGGAGAUUCUCCCGAGGCCGGGCGCAGGGCGGAGGGAGCGCCCCGGGGCUGCAGCUGCAGGCUGGUCCCUUCCCAGCACGCUUCCUCCCGAGGAGCCCUCGCCCGGCUCUCCCCAUCCCGGGUGCCCCGGCUUCUCACCUCGCGGCCGAAGCCCCACGCCCAGCCCCUCCCCAGCAAGGUCUCAGGCUGGGUCUCCCGCCCAGUUCCUGCGGCCUCGGCGGCUCCCGCGGGCGGGGCGGGGCCAGCGCCGGAGAAGGGGCCCCGCCGGGAGGGACUCCGGCAUCCUUCCCUGCGCUACAGCGGAGGGGGCGGGGCUCGGGAGGGCCACCUGCAGGUCCUGGCCCAGCAGGGGCGGGCAGGAGGGACUCCGGCAUCCUUCCCUGCGCUACAGCGGAGGGGGCGGGGCUCCGGGAGGGCCACCUGCAGGUCCGGGCAGGGGCGAGCAGGGAGGGACUCCGGCAUCCUUCCCUGUGCUACAGCAGAGGGGGCGGGCUCCGGGAGGGCCACCUGCAGGUCCGGGCAGGGGGCGGGCAGGGAGGGACUCCGGCAUCCUUCCCCUGCCCUACUACGAGGGGGGCUCCGGGAGGGCCACCUGCAGGUCCGGGUCGGGCAGGGAGGGACUCCGGCAUCCUUCCCUGCGCUACAGCGGAGGGGCGGGGCUCCGGGAGGGCCACCUGCAGGUCCGGGGCCCAGCAGGGGGCGGGCAGGAGGGACUCCGGCAUCCUUCCCUGCGCUACAGCCGGAGGGGCGGGGCUCCGGGAGCGCCACCUGCAGGUCCGGGCAGGGGCGAGCAGGGAGGGACUCCGCAUCCUUCCCUGUGCUACAGCAGAGGGGCGGGCUCGGGAGGGCCACCUGCAGGUCCGGGCAGGGGGCGGGCAGGGAGGGACUCCGGCAUCCUUCACCGCGCAACAGCGGAGGGGGCGGGGCUCCGGGAAGGCCACCUGCAGGUCCGGGCAGGGGGGCGGGGUGGGAGGGACUCCGGCAUCCUUCACCGCGCUACAGCGGAGGGGGCGGGGCUCCGGGAGCGCCACCUGCAGGUCCGGGCAGGGGCGGGCAGGAGGGACUCCGGCAUCCUUCCCCUGCCCUACUACGAGGGGGCGGGGCUCCGGGAGGGCCACCUACAGGUCCGGGUCGGGCAGGGAGGGACUCCGGCAUCCUUCCCUGCGCUACAGCGGAGGGGGCGGGGCUCGGGAGGGCCACCUGCAGGUCCUGGCCCAGCAGGGGGGGCGGGCAGGAGGGACUCCGGCAUCCUUCCCUGCGCUACAGCGGAGGGGGCGGGGCUCCGGGAGGGCCACCUGCAGGUCCUGGCCCAGCAGGGGGGGCGGGCAGGAGGGACUCCGGCAUCCUUCCCGCGCUACAGCGGAGGGGCGGGGCUCCGGGAGCGCCACCUGCAGCGGAGGGCAGGGGCCCAGGAGGGCCACCUGCAGGUCCGGGCAGGGGGGCGGGGUGGGAGGGACUCCGGCAUCCUUCACCGCGCUACAGCGGAGGGGGCGGGGCUCCGGGAGCGCCACCUGCAGGUCCGGGCAGGGGGCGAGCAGGGAGGGACUCCGGCAUCCUUCCCUGCGCGACAGCGGAGGGGGCGGGGCUCCGGGAGGGCCACCUACAGGUCCGGGUCGGGCAGGGAGGGACUCCGGCAUCCUUCCCUGCGCUACAGCGGAGGGGCGGGCUCCGGGAGCGCCACCUGCAGGUCCGGGUCGGGCAGGGAGGGACUCCGGCAUCCUUCCCUGCGCUACAGCGGAGGGGCGGGGCCCCGGGAGGGCCACCUGCAGGUCCGGGCAGGGGGGCGGGGUGGGAGGGACUCCGGCAUCCUUCCCUGCGCUACAGCGGAGGGGCGGGGCUCCGGGAGCGCCACCUGCAGGUCCGGGUCGGGCAGGGAGGGACUCCGGCAUCCUUCCCUGCCCUACUACGAGGGGGCGGGGCUCCGGGAGGGCCUCCUGCGCGGACCGGGCAGGGGGGCGGGCUGGGAAGGACUCCGGCAUCCUUCACCGCGCAACAGCGGAGGGGGCGGGGCUCCGGGAGCGCCACCCGCAGGUCCGGGUCGGGCAGGGGGCGGGCAGGGAGGCAGCGGCUCCCCCCGGGCCUCGGGCUUGCCUGCGGCCGGACUCCAUCGGCUCAGGGCCCUCUCCCGGAGGAGAUCCUGA